GUUCAGAAUUGACACAGGUACGCACCGUAGCUACCGAGAACAUCUAAAAACGCUCAUAAACCCUCCUUGUGUCUCCUAAUACAUAAACCCUAAUUUUUCUAUCACCUAAACCAAAAUCCCUCACAAAAAACUAUGAUUGCAUCAAAACACAAAUGAAGCAUAUUGAAGCAGCUAUCAGUUUCCUCUUCAAAAUGUUAAUUUAUCUCCGCAAUUUGGGUAGCAGUUUAACUCGAAGAGUAAGCCCUCCUUGUAAUCAUCACCUCUCUUCCAUUUUCUCUUCACCUUCAACAACAACUACACGUGCUUGUUUAAUAUCUUGCUGCUUCACUGGCGUCCUUUGCAUACUUAGGUUCCCAUUUGUAACCAAAUCAAACUCAAACCCCACCAAUUUUUUUGAUGUUUUAGACAAAGUUUCAAUGACUAAAAUCAUUCAACAAGACCAAUGGAAUGACCCAAGAGUCGUUUGUUCAAUUCAGUCUUCCUUAGCCCCAAUAUGGGUGUCUCGGGUUUUGGUUGAAUUCAAACAAGAUCCAAAAUUGGCUUUGAAAUUCUUCAAAUGGGCUAAAACCCGAGUGGGGUUUCGCCACACUACUGAAUCCUAUUGUAUAUUAGUGCACAUUUUGUUUUAUGCUAGAAUGUACUUCCAUGCUAAUAAUAUUCUGAAAGAAUUGGUUUUAUCCAGCUGGGUUUUGCCGGGCUCUGAUGUUUUUGAAAUUUUAUGGACUACGAGGAAUGUUUGUGUUCCGGGGUUUGGUGUUUUUGAUGCUUUGUUUAGUGUUUUGGUUGAACUAGGAAUGCUUGAGGCUGCUGGUCAGUGUUUUUUGAGGAUGACCAAGUUUCGGGUGUUGCCAAAGGCACGGUCUUGUAAUGCCUUUUUGCAUAGGCUGUCAAAGGCAGGGGAAGGGGACUUAUCAAGGAAUUUUUUUAGGGACAUGGUUGGGGCUGGUAUUGCCCCAACGGUAUUUACAUAUAAUAUUAUGAUAGGUCAUGUGUGCAAAGAAGGGGAUAUGCUGACUGCUAGAAGCUUGUUUGAACAGAUGAAAAAGAUGCGGUUAACGCCAGAUAUUGUUACAUAUAACACACUUAUUGAUGGUUAUGGUAAGAUUGGGUUGCUGGAUGAAUCUGUUUGCUUAUUUGAAGAAAUGAAGUUCAUGGGUUGCGAACCCGAUGUAAUAACCUACAAUGCCUUGAUUAACUCUUUCUGUAAAUUUAAAGGAAUGCCUAGAGCUUUUGAAUUUUUUCGGGAGAUGAAGGAUAAAGAUUUGAAACCAAAUGUCAUUUCUUAUAGCACAUUAAUCGAUGCUUUAUGCAAGGAGGGGAUGAUGCAAAUGGCAAUUAAAUUUUUUGUGGAUAUGACCCGUGUUGGUUUGUUACCCAAUGAAUUCACAUAUAGUUCUUUAAUUGAUGCAAACUGUAAAGCUGGCAAUCUAGGUGAAGCUUUCAUGCUGGCUGAUGAGAUGCUGCAUGAACAUGUUGACUUGAACAUUGUUACAUACACGACUUUGCUGGAUGGCCUUUGCGAAGAAGGGAUGAUGAAUGAAGCAGAAGAGUUAUUUAGGGCAAUGGGGAAAGCUGGGGUAGCUCCUAACCUGCAAGCUUAUACUGCCCUUAUUCAUGGGUACAUCAAGGUUAGGAGCAUGGAUAAAGCCAUGGAGUUAUUCAAUGAAAUGAGAGAAAAAGAUAUCAAACCAGACAUAUUGCUUUGGGGAACCAUUGUUUGGGGUCUUUGCAGUGAAAGUAAGCUUGAAGAAUGUAAGAUUAUAAUGACUGAAAUGAAGGAGUCUGGUAUAGGUGCCAACCCUGUCAUAUAUACAACACUAAUGGAUGCUUACUUUAAGGCAGGGAAGCGCACAGAAGCAAUCAAUCUGUUAGAAGAGAUGCAGGACUUGGGUACUGAGGUUACAGUUGUGACAUUUUGCGCAUUAAUUGACGGUUUGUGCAAAAAGGGUUUAGUUCAAGAGGCAAUUUAUUACUUUGGCAAGAUGCCAGACCAUGAUUUACAGCCCAAUGUUGCAGUUUAUACAGCCCUUAUUGAUGGUCUUUGUAAAAAUAAUUGUAUUGGAGAUGCAAAGAAGCUGUUUGAUGAAAUGCAAGACAAAAAUAUGAUUCCAGAUAAAAUUGCUUAUACUGCAAUGAUAGAUGGAAAUUUGAAGCAUGGGAACUUUCAAGAAGCAUUGAAUAUGCAAAACAAGAUGAUGGAAAUGGGUAUAGAACUUGAUCUGUAUGCAUAUACUUCCCUGGUCUGGGGUUUGUCACAAUGUGGCCAAGUGCGGCAAGCAAGGAAGUUUCUUGCUGAGAUGAUUGGAAAGGGUGUCAUUCCUGAUGAGACUCUGUGUACUCGACUAUUGAGAAAGCAUUAUGAACUAGGAAAUAUCGAUGAAGCUACUGAACUGCAAAAUGAAUUGAUGGAAAAGGGUCUAAUUCAUGGCAACAGCAAUCCUGCAGUUCCUAAUAUUCAAACUCGAGAUGAUUUAGAUUUUUCUAAUUUUAGAAAAUAAAAAUUCAAGGCACAAGGCUUUUCUGGCACCUUUGCUUGGAUGGGUUAACUGUCCAGACACGGUUUUUGAUGCCAGUUCACUGAUUUCAUUGUUGCUUCAUGAGCUCUUUGCAGAUGCAGAUCUGUUAAAUGAGUUUCCAGGUAGCAGCAUUCUGGUGACUGCUAGAAGAAAAGUUGUAGCAUUUAUGCCCGAUUCAAGGCUUCCAAACAUUACUUUGGAGAUGGUUGGUUCUCAAGUUGGAAGAUUUAUACACAAGUAAUGGAGUUUCAGGUACUCCUGUACACAAUAUCAACCAAUUGAACGCAAUUAAACAUCGCGAGGAAACUGGAUGUUCAAUUGAACUGCAAUCUGACCUGACCUCUUUGAUCAGCAAGGUAAGGGAAAGGGUUGCAAUGCAUCGUUGUGUGCGUUAUAGGUGCCACAGAGACAUAGAGAGUCGAAAUAGAUCUGCAGGAGUUUGGGCUGAAAAUAAAUUUUUGAUCUCAUGAUCAACCUUGUGAGACAUCCAUGGUGAACUUGAGCUGCUAGAGAGUUUGCUUGCAUGCUGAGCGGCUGCUUUCAAACACACCACCUUUUUAGAAACAGCUUGGCAAUGCUGCUUGUUUAGUUCGGUCUGACCUGGUAUGUUUACGGAAUCGGAUUUUCUUUAUCUGGCUAUGGUGGAUGACUAGAGCAAUGCUGAUUUACAUCUUUACAGCUUUCAGUACAAUUUCUUCUAUUUGUGACAAUGAAGCUAGUUUAGGUGCCAUCGUAAGAGGCAAUCAGCUGAUGCAGUACCCAUCAAAUUGUUCAAAAUGAACAAUAUGUAUCUUUAUUUCGAAUUUGAAGCUACCAGAAGAAACAUGAAAUUGUUUUCA